AUGGCGGAAGAUCAAAUGACUCGCGGCAUCAAGCGGAUAAGGCCCAGCCUCUGCGAUGGGCUGUGCUCUUCCGCGCCCCGCAAAAAAAGACAGGAACGAAAUGAACUUGAAAAAUGUUAUCCAGGAGAGGAGGGCCACUAUAAUGGGCAGCAGUCGAACAAUGUUUUCACAAAUGAACAGUCUUCGCAGCUGUCGUCGCAUGAUCAUGGCGACACUGGAUUCUACCCCCUUCCAAACCUUGCACAGCAGGCAGAAAACACCAUGGCAGAUGCAGAAGAUCUAGAAGUCUGCUUCGGUUCUAUUUGCAACAUUGCUGCACAGUUCCUUAGAGGCCCUCCAACGGCUUGCAGCUCUUUAUCCUCGAAUACAGUUGAUGCCAACCAGGAUAGAAUUCAUUGCCUUGAAGUGAUCCUGGGAUCUGAGAACUGUGUGAUAUGUUCCCCAUUUGCAGAGGAUGUGGUAGGUCUCAUCAACCUAGGAGUCUCCAACACCCUGAGGAAAUUAUUCAGAAUCGAGAGAAUUAGACUGGAAAUUUGUCUCUCUCACUCAGAAUGGGAUUCUAUGGCACUUUCGGAGUCACUCAGCGCCUGGGAAAUGAAUGUCGAUAUCGUUAUUUUCGGGGCGCGGAAAGAUGCUUUAUUGGUCGGUGAUUACUUAUCAUCCCAAGCUUUAUUUCUUCAAGAUCCUAGUUUUCCUUACGAUGUUCAAUAUGAGAAUCCCCAUCGGUUUCCCGUCACGGAUAUGUUAGAUGAAGAACUCGAUAACGAAGCCUCCGAGGUGAAUAAUGACGGGCCCUUUUCUAUAAACAGAACAGCACCUGCUCCUGUCAAUAUUUCCAAGAAAACCUUGCAAUAUCUGCUGGAUAAUCUACAGGAGCACAACUACAUUCAGCAAGUCCAGCCCGAUGAGUAUUUGGUUAUUUCGCUAUUUAAUCACCAGAAACAGGCUGUUGACUUCAUGAUACGUCGAGAAACAGGUCGAGCAACAUCUUCUUUAUCACUCUGGAAAGUCUACAAUGACAGGAACGGCGAACAAUAUCAUUGUCACACAAUUACAGGCAACCUCUUUCUUGAAGCAUCAGUUGGCCCUUUGGGUGGCAUCCUUGCGGAUACGAUGGGCCUCGGGAAAACAGUGACAACAUUGUCCACCAUUGCUAGCACCCUUCAUCACGCCAGGGAAUGCAGCGAAAAUAUUAGUACCCAUCGGUCAGCCUGCACAAGAGUAGUAAAAGCCACACUGGUUGUUGUCCCAAAUGAAGCCUUGAUGGAACAAUGGCUCGGUGAGAUCCGCGAUAAGUUUAAGCCGGGAACUUUUGAACCCUGCAAAUACCACGGUGCCUCGCGCCAAGUCCACUUUCCCACCUUCGAGGACUACGAUAUUGUGUUGACAACAUACGGAACUAUCAGUACGGAGUUUACUGAGAAGGAAAGUCCAAUAUUCCAAACAACCUUCUUUCGCAUCGUUUUGGAUGAAGCACACCACAUAAAAUCACGGUCCACGCGGGUCCAUGAAGCGGCAUGUAAUAUCUCAGCAGACAGACGCUGGUGUCUCACUGGGACCCCAAUACAGAACGAUCUCGAUGAUCUUGGUGCCCUGGUGUCUUUCCUUCGUGUCCCACUACUUGAAGACCGAGAGGUUUUCCGGAAGCACAUCAUCAAUCAAACCUACAAUAUAGGCAGCGAUCGCUUUGAAAACCUCCGUUUAUUGCUUGGCUUUAUAUGCCUUCGUCGAUCAAUGAGCCUUGGAAUGCCUGUGAAACCAACGAUCAACAAUCUGGAGUUGGACUUGGCUCCCGAAGAAAGGGAAGCAUACAAUAACAUACUGGACUAUCACAAUCGACUCAUUGAUAUCUCAGUCAGCAAAGGGGGCUCCGUGGGUGCGUUCCAAACAGUUCUGCAGCUGCGAAUAUUCUGCAACAAUGGGCUUUACAGAAAGAAGGACAUCCGAGCCUCCCCUACCGCUCUCCUUACUUCUGAAGAGUACUUGAAUUUUCUGCAAGAGAACCAUGGAUCUCAGUCUACUGGUAUUGACAGUGAAACUCUGGCUCUUGGCUCAUACAUGUUCUCAGACUCUAAAUUUUCUCCUGAAUCCUCUAAUUCGGUCGGCGAACCUUGCAGAAUGUCCCUCCAAAGCAAUAAUAUGCUGGACCUGGCAAAAAUAGAAAGUCCUACCUCGGAGCUAUUGCACACUCCUAAUCUAUUUAGGGAAUCUCUGACCCCGGAGUACUUAUCUCCGCAAACUCUCGAAGGGACGUUCUCAACCAAACAUCGUGCCAUUUUGAAGGCUAUCCUUGGCCAUAUUCCGCAAGAAAAAGGAAUAGUGUUUUCAGCCUGGACCAAGAGCCUCGACAUCAUGGCAGAGCUGCUACGCCAGCACGACAUUACCUUUGCCCGAGUAGACGGUUCCAUGUCGUUUUCGCAACGUCAGCAGGCCUUCCAUAGCUUCAAAACGAGCAGUCACGUGAAUAUACUCCUGAUGACUAUUGGCACCGGUGCGGUUGGACUCAAUCUCUCCAUUGCCACACGGGCGCAUAUCAUGGAACCAUCGUGGAAUCCAAUGGUCGAGCAGCAGGCAAUCGGGCGCGUUGUUCGUCUCGGACAAAAGCGACCGGUGGUGAUUACUCGGUAUAUUAUGAAAGAUACCGUCGAAGAGAGUGUAGUGUCUCGCCAAGACUUGAAGCUCGACGUUGCUAUGGGCGGCUUUGAGGGGAGUUCUCAUGAGGUAGCUGGUGAUGAUGUAUGA